CUUCUACAUUCAAUUCAACAUGCUCGUCAAGUUCUUUGCUCUUUUCCUUUUCUUUACCUUUACUUUGGUCUCUGCUAGACCCGGCGAUAGAGGCCACUAUACUGUUAAUGGCUUGGGUAAGAGAAAGCAACAAAUUUUGAAAGCUGGUGGUGGAGUUUGGGAUUUGGCUAUUGCUAUGCUCGAGAGCGAUCACAUGAUUACCGACUAUCCCUACGGUGACAACAAGUCUGGCGAUGCUGCCAACUUUGGUAUCUUUAAGCAAAACUGGUUUAUGCUUCGUACCUCCACUUCUCAAUUCAAGGGUCAACCUGCUAGUGCUUCCAAUAACGGUGCUGUUCUUAACAAGAGAUUGGCACAAGAUAUUAAGGCUAGACAAGAAUCUCAAAAGUUCUACGGCCCUGAUAAGUGGUUUGGUGGCCAUAGAAACGGUGAAAGUGGUUUGAACAAUCCUUAUACCCAAGACAUCACCAACUACAAGAAUGCUAUCAACUGGAUCCAUGACCAACUUGCCAGCGAUUCCAAAUACUUGAAGGAUGAUACCAGAUUCUGGGUCGACGUUACUCCUAUCUAAAGUGACUUUAAAAGGGGAUUUCUUAGAGUUAUGACCAUAUCAAUUUUUUUAAAUAAAC